AGCGUUUUCUUCUUCUCUACGCGUUCUCAAACAAUGCAGCACAGCCCGUCGUAAAUGCUGGUGCUGCUGCUGCUGAAGGAAAAAACUUAAUUUACCACUGCGGAGUACGUUUUCAAUGUUUAAAACGUGCCCACUUUGCGAGUGAACAGUUUCGUGCAUUGGUUGGUGAUAAAGGCGAGUCAAAACACGGACCACAAUGACGCAGUAUUUACCUCCGAACCUGCUUGCUCUGUUCGCACCCCGCGACCCCAUUCCGUACCUUCCUCCACCGGACAAGCUGCCCCAUGAAAAGAAAUCACAGGGCUACAUGGGAGUGGGAAGUUUCCUGGACUGUUUUGAGGAUCCAAAGGAUACGCCACCACCGACGCGCGUUGAAACGCGAGAAGAGCGACUGGAACGGCGUCGAAGGGAACGCGCCGAACAGGUAGCGUACAAGCUCGAAAGAGAAAUAGCUACAUGGGAUCCGAACCAGCUGCUGGAAGCGACAGAGGAUCCGUUCAAAACAUUGUUUGUCGCUCGGAUUAACUAUGACACCUCGGAAUCGAAGCUUCGCCGAGAGUUUGAAAUAUACGGUAAUAUAAAGAAGAUUAUCAUGAUCAACGACAAUGAAACGGGCAAACCGCGCGGAUACGCGUUUAUUGAGUAUGAACAUGAACGAGACAUGCACGCGGCCUACAAGCACGCGGACGGUAAGAAAAUAGACGGUAAGCGUGUGCUGGUCGAUGUGGAGCGGGCACGUACAGUGAAGGGAUGGCUUCCGCGUCGGUUGGGUGGUGGAUUGGGUGGUACGCGCCGCGGUGGACCGGACGUUAACAUCAAGCACUCCGGCCGGGAGGACAACGAGCGCGAACGGGAACGGUACCGGCUCGAGCGCGAACGAGAGGAUCGCGAUCGUCGGGAACGAGAUCGUCCCGAGAAUCGGUUCGACCGCCGAAGGUCUCGUUCUCGUGAUCGUGAUCGGCGCCAUCGUAGCCGGUCUAAGGAUCGGAGCCGGCGAAGGCGUAGCCGGGAGCGUGAUGUGGAGGAGCGUGGUGAACGGUGGGAAAAGGAUCGGGAGCGGGAUCGUGAUCGCAGCCGGGAUCGGGAUAAGGAGCGUAAGCGCAAGCGUAGCCGUUCGCGUGAUCGCGAUCGGGCCGAGAAAAGCCGACACAAGCGUGGUGAUCGCGAUCGUGGCGAUCGGGACCGGGCGGAUCGGGGCGGUGGUUCUGGCAAUGGGGGAGCGGAACGCAAGGAGCGUAAGCCGGACUUCCGUGAGGGAGAAAUUAAAAUCAAGGAGGAACCGAUCGAUGAUUAUCCGGAUUACAGUGCCCAGUACUCCCAGUACCAGUCGCAGGUUAAGUAUGAAGAUGGCGAAGAAGAGAAGUAUCGGCCGCACGAGCACGAACCGCCCCAUCUACGGGCAGAUAACGGACGCGGCUAUGUUACUGGUAAUGGUGACGAUGACGACGGCGACUAUGAUGAUGGCCAAGGUUAUUAGACGAAGGUAAUGGUAGAAACAGACCAGCGGACACACACACACACACAUACAGCGACCCGUCUUAACAAACGAACGCCUUUUCGAGUGCAUCUUCCAUUUGCGAGGGUAGUAUGCAAGUGAAUUGCUGGAUAGUUUUUGUUUUUGUAGGUUAAAUAUGCUUAGACCAUAAUCAUAAUUCUUUCCCAAUUCGUCGUUCGUGAAGGUUUUAAGCACCUCAUUGGUGCCAACACAUUGUGCUGUUUGGAGUUUUUGCAUUAAUUUUGAUUCAUUAGCACAGCCGGGCUUUGGUAAUCGCAAUCGGAGGUUUUGAUUUCAGCUGCUAUCGCCGAGCAAUAAUUUCAUUAAAUUCAAAAAUAUUCAAAAAAUAAGAAUAAAACCCUAAAUUGGUCCAAAUUAAUGCAAGGACAUCCGUAGUGUAACGUACACGAUAUCCCUUUGCAUCCCUCUUAAGAAAGCACACUUGUCGUGGGAUAAAUUCUAUGCGCAAUGCUAUUGCAUGCUCGAGGUAAGGUAAACGCGCUAUCGUCGGGUUUUGCAUCGUUCUGGAGAAAGAUAAGGAAGAUUCUAAAAUAAGGGUUUGCGUGUAAGUUGGUUGGUGCAUCCAAAGUGCAUUUAAAGGGUAAGGUAACUUGAGCCCUUGGGCUCACCACGUAGAGAACACGGUCAAACAACCAUCCUGGAUGGCACUGCGCAACCAUUGGAAGCACAGCGUAACUUUUCAGUCAAACAAUGUUUACUGUACGUACACAAUUAUGCUCCACAAUACUACUCUUCACGAUCAACGACCGAACGUACACUUUCCAUAAAUACAUCAGCGCGGAAUGAUACUUCCACUCGUACUUCACGAAUUUUCUGUAGCACCGUGUUUGCAUAGGUAAUCGAAGCUAGACGUUAAUAAAGCAUCUUUUUAAAUGGCAA